UCAGUCUCCAUGUCUCUUCUGGGCUAUCCUGGACUUUGCAGAGCUACCUCCCAUAGGAACCACUGCUACAUCCCUGUGACCCCUUCCAUCGCCAUCUGCUCCGAUGAUGUAAACCCGGCCUUCAGACAUUACGUACCCAGCAGCUGCCAAGGCAAUCUCUGGCUUCUGGACCAUUGCCAGGACUCUUGUUGUGAAGCACCUUGCCGCGGCGAAGCUCCCAGCCAUGAGCCCAAGACUUGCACUCCAGCUGGGAAUCCCUCGGACUCCUGUGUGCCUUGCAAUUCCCCAUCUGCAAAUCAAGUUGUGAGUGCCUGCGAAACUACCAACAUCAGAUCCAGACCCAGCAGCAGUCCCUGUACCGGGACCAAAGGGUAUGUAUCCAAUUGCACCAUCGCUACUCGACUUGCAUCAAAAGCCUGCCAAACUCCUCAAAAUGGCUCCUGCUUCAUAGGGCAGUUUAAUUCCUUCCCUAAGCAUCACUGUGGUCUCGGCAGCGGUGGAUAUAGAAGCUACGGAAAUUUUGGAUUCAUCGCUAAUGGCUUCUCCCCGUCUUGUUACAUUACCAAUAGCUACCAACCCCCAAAUUACCUUAUGAGAUAUUGCCAGUAUUCAAAUUAUGGGCCUUCAAGCUUCCCAUCACGGGGCUACUUAUGUAGAAAUUUUCAGUCUCUGAGCUACAUACCUAGUGCAUUUCCACCUCUGAGAUACUUAUGCAGCAAUAGAAGACCUCUGAAUUGCUACUGA